AUGGGCUGUUAUUGCCCAGCCUGCAGGUACACAUGCUUCCCAACUGACCUUACAACACCAGUAAAAUCUUAUCUGAAUAUUUUAAAUUCCUUGGUGCUAAAAUGUACAGUGGCUGGGUGUGAUGAAGAGGUCUGUCUUGGAAAAUACUCUCACCACAUCUCCAAACAUAAGGAGAUUAAAGGUAAAGAAGCCUAUGCUCAUAUCAACAAAGGUGGUCGCCCCAGACAACAUCUGCUGUCGCUGACAAGGAGAGCUCAAAAACACCGUCUUAGAGAGCUAAAGAUGCAAGUAAAGGCCUUUUCUGACAAAGAAGAAGGGGGAGAUGUUAAAUCAGUUUGCUUGACUCUCUUUCUGCUGGCCCUAAGAGCAAGGAAUGAGCACCGGCAAGCAGAUGAGUUAGAGGCCAUCAUGGAAGGCAGAGGAGCAGGUCUUCACCCUGCUGUUUGUCUUGCAAUAAGAGUAAACACCUUCCUGAGCUGCAGCCAGUACCACAAAAUGUACAGAACAGUAAAAGCCACAACUGGUCGUCAGAUCUUUCAGCCACUCCAUGCUCUCAGAAAUGCAGAGAAGGCCUUGCUGCCAGGGUAUCAUCCUUUUGAAUGGAUGCCUCCUCUGAAGAAUGUCUCUACCAGUACAGACGUUGGCAUCAUUGAUGGCCUUUCAGGACUGAAUCGUUCUGUUGAUGAAUACCCAGUGGAAGCUAUUUCUAAAAGGUUUAGGUAUGAUUCAGCCUUAGUUUCAACUCUAAAAGACAUGGAAGAGGAUAUUCUUGAAGGCUUAAAAUCUCAGGAUUUGGAGGAAUACUUAAGUGGUCCUUUUACUGUGAUAAUCAAAGAGUCUUGUGAUGGAAUGGGAGAUGUCAGCGAGAAGCAUGGCAGUGGUCCUGCAGUUCCUGAGAAAGCAGUACGUUUCUCAUUCACAAUCAUGAACAUCAGCGUUCCCAACAACAGUGGGUCUGUUAGAAUCUUUGAAGAAGCCAAACCAAACUCUGAACUUUGCUGCAAACCUCUAUGUCUAAUGCUUGCUGAUGAAUCAGACCAUGAAACUCUUACAGCCAUCUUGAGUCCUUUGAUAGCUGAGAGAGAAGCCAUGAAAUCCAGUGAACUCAUGUUGGAGAUUGGGGGGAUCCUCAGAAGUUUCAAAUUUAUCUUUCGUGGAACAGGGUAUGAUGAGAAGCUUGUGAGAGAAGUAGAAGGGCUGGAAGCCUCAGGCUCUAUCUAUAUUUGUACCCUCUGUGAUGCUACUCGCCUGGAAGCUUCUCAGAACUUAGUCUUCCACUCUAUAACCAGAAGUCAUUCUGAGAACUUGCAGCGCUAUGAGACAUGGAGAGCCAACCCUCAUCAUGAAUCUGUUGAUGAGCUUCGUGACAGAGUGAAAGGAGUUUCAGCAAAGCCAUUUAUUGAAACCCUUCCGUCCAUUGAUGCCUUACAUUGUGACAUUGGAAAUGCAGCUGAAUUUUACCGGAUAUUUCAGCUAGAAAUAGGGGAGGUCUACAAAAAUCCCAAUGCAACCAAAGAAGAGAGAAAGAAAUGGCAAACAAUACUUGACAAACACCUUAGAAAGAAAAUGAACCUAAAACCAAUAAUGAGAAUGAAUGGAAACUUUGCCCGGAGGCUCAUGGCUAAGGAGACUGUAGAAGCAGUAUGUGAAUUAGUGCAAUGUGAAGAGAGACAACUGGCACUUAAAGAACUAAUGGACUUGUACCUCAAAAUGAAACCAGUGUGGCGCUCUUCAUGCCCAGCCAAAGAAUGCCCUGAACUUCUAUGCCAAUAUAGUUAUCAUUCUCAACGUUUUGCAGAACUUUUGUCCACAAAGUUCAAGUACAGAUAUGCGGGCAAGAUUACCAACUAUUUUCACAAAACCCUUGCCCACGUUCCAGAGAUCAUUGAACGCGAUGGCUCCAUUGGAGCCUGGGCCAGCGAAGGAAAUGAGUCUGGCAACAAGUUAUUCAGACGUUUCCGAAAAAUGAAUGCUCGUCAGUCCAAAAUAUAUGAGAUGGAAGAUGUGUUGAAGCAUCACUGGCUGUACACCUCCAAAUAUCUGCAGAAGUUUAUGAAUGCCCAUAUUAAUCUGAAGCAUCAAGGUUUUACAGUAGAUAUAGAUCCUCAGGCAACACAAGAGGAAAGUUUAGAUUGUUGUACUGAUAAUUUAGAUUCAAUGGAAUUCUGA